AACACAGUGGGCGCCUGUUUGGAGCGUGUGCUACCGCCAAAGAAAAACACACUGAAAAUACAAUACAGUUUAAACGACUGUCCCUGUGCAUAACUUCCCAAGGUCAGAAAGAAGCCUUAUCUAUCCUUAAUGUAGCCCACAACAGCUAAUGUGUUUGAAAAUAGCCGAUAGCUAGCGUUAGCUAAGCAUACACAACAAGGAAGAGAAGUUUUAGCUAACGCUGUGUUUGACAACUGUCAGCGAUCAGGACACAAGUCAGGAUCAUCCGAUGAUCGAAUAAGGAGCAAAGGCAAAUCUCCAAGAAAGCAUGAGUCAAAAUAGAAUAUACAUGGACUACAAUGCCACUACCCCACUGGAUCCAGAGGUGAUCCAGGCCAUCACUGAUGCUCUUCAUGAUGCCUGGGGAAACCCAAGCAGCACAUACACUGCAGGUGUCAAAGCCAAAGCCAUUAUCAGUGAGUCCAGACAAAAUGUGGCAAGGAUGGUUGGAGGUAAAGCAGAGGACAUCAUAUUUACUUCAGGUGGAACUGAGGCAAAUAACAUGGUCAUCUAUUCAGCAGUAGAGUACUUCAAGAGGAGCUGUGAUGCUGCUGAACACAAUACAGAUUAUUCAAGUGGACGCCCAGGCCUCCCACACUUCGUCACCUCAAACGUGGAGCACGACUCAAUCAAACUAGUGCUGGAGCAUCUGCAGAGGGAGGGCAUGGCAGAUGUUACCUUUGUCCCAGUGUCUAAGGUAACAGGGCGUGUGGAGGUGGCAAAUGUUCUUAGUGCACUGCGUCCCAACACCUGUCUGGUUUCCAUUAUGUUAGCCAACAAUGAGACGGGGGUCAUCAUGCCCAUCAAAGAGCUCUUUGGGACAAUCAGAGAUAAGAUUAACCAGCCUCCACGGCGGCGCAUCCUGCUGCACACAGACGCAGCUCAGGCUUUGGGCAAAAUCAAAGUGGAAGCUCCAUCACUCGGAGUGGAUUAUCUCACUAUUGUCGGACACAAGUUUUAUGCACCUCGGAUCGGAGCCCUAUAUGUGAAUAGUGAAGAUAAAGCACCUUUAUAUCCAAUGCUCUUUGGAGGAGGACAAGAAAGAAACUUCAGACCCGGGACAGAAAACACACCAAUGAUUGCAGGAUUAGGAAAGGCUGCAGAUCUGGUGUCAUCUAAUUUGGCUGAGUACGAGAGUCAUAUGCGAAUUGUCAAACUUUACCUGGAGGAUAGACUCAAGCACAUCUUUGGGAAAAAACUAAAUUUCAACAACCAUUUUGAGGGCUCCGAGGUCCUUCCCAACACAUGCAACGUGUCCAUCCUGGGUCCAAAAUUACAAGGCUGGAAAGUACUAUCCAGGUGUGAAUGUCUAUUGGCCAGCGUUGGUGCAGCCUGUCACUCAGACAGAGGAGACAGGCCAUCCCAUAUUCUCUUGAACUGUGGUGUUCCAAAGAGCGUGGCAGUGAAUGCUUUGAGGAUAAGCGUGGGGCGAGGAACGACCCAAGAAGACGUGGAUGCAGUGGUGGAGGAUUUGAGGAAAGUGGUGGAACUCUUAGAACAAAUGGACUAAAAAUGU